ACCGAUUAUAUCUGUAUAUUCAUUAACACGCCAUCAGUAUAUAAUAAGCAGUUGCAGCAAUAGAUACUGAAUUGAUCGAUAUAAUUCAAAGUAAAUAUGACUGAUUCAGGGGCGAGUGUCAUUGAAGUUACCGGAUUGAACUAUGCGUACAAGGGUGGUAUGCCGGUUCUCUUCGAUGUAAACAUGAAGAUGCCCAAGGGUGCUCGCUGUUUGUUAGUCGGCGCAAACGGAACUGGUAAGAGCACUCUCCUACGGAUUCUGGCAGGGAAAAAGCUGGUUCAUAGCACAAAAUGCGAAGUCUUGGGCCAUGAUCCCUUUCAAAGUACACCCAACGGUCUGACUUACUUAGGUUCGGAGUGGGCGAACAAUCCAAUCACAAGACAGGACAUGCGCGUGACGCAACUCAUUCGGUCAAGUGGCGGCAACGAACAUCGGGAACGUCGGGAUCGUUUAUUAGACAUCCUGGAUAUCAAUCCCAACUGGCGCAUGCAUGAGGUAUCCGACGGAGAGAGGAGGCGUGUACAAUUGCUCCUGGGCUUGAUGAAGCCGUUUGAUUGCUUGCUACUGGACGAAGUGACUGUUGAUCUAGACGUCCUUGUCAGAAGUGAUCUGUUAAACUAUCUCAAAAGGGAGACAGAGGAACGGGGGGCCUCUAUCCUGUACGCCACACACAUCUUCGAUGGCAUCGGCGACUGGUGCACACAUCUCUGCCACCUUUCGAAUGGACACGUGCGAUUGUUGAAGCCCGUAGACGACAUUGAAGAGCUUGUGGUUCUUCGCGCCGAGCACAGAAACGCUGGAUAUGGCGAAUCCGCUCUGUUGCGAUUGGUGGAGCAAUGGCUUCGAGAAGAGUUUGAGCAACGGAAGAAGGCCAGGUGGACCAAGAUCAUUGAUGAAGAUCAGAGAAAUCUGUAUUUGACUUAGAAAUGCAGGUGCAGAUACAAGGAUAAGUAGAAACCUAAUUGAUUUUAGGGAAUGUAGGCUAUGUAAAAAGAUUAGCAAUGAACAUGGGGAUAAUCCACAUUAGCCUGAUUGCACCUACACUGACGAAAAUGAUAUGUUUAUGACUCAUAAGCAUACCGAUAAGAGUCAAAUGUGGACGGGAAAUAUUGGCGACGACGAGAGCGCGAGUCUUGCGUACAAGCAUAUGCCAUUAACGAUGUGAAUGGAACACGCGGUAACGAUAUUAGGAUAGUAUAAAUAGUCAAACAACAUUUAAAAUGAUACAAACACACGAGUGUCGGAGCUAUACAUACAUUUAGUUAUUUCAGGAGUACUAAAUCACGUAGUAAAGGACUAGAAAUCAGUCAGGGGUCCAAGAUUCUGGAUGACAAC